AUGCUUGUGCGAUGUGUUCGAGCUAUUCGACCUGGUGGGGUGCUCUACAGAGCUUUCGCUACGGUGCGAUACCGCCAGAGGGGAGAUCCUGCGGAUGUUUUGAGGCUGGAAGCCGACGAUGACGUCAGCGAGUUGGGCCCGAGAGAAGUGGCCGUGAAGAUGCUGUUCGCUCCCAUCAAUCCUUCGGACAUCAAUCAGGUGGAGGGAUCGUACGGCGUCUUGCCGCCCCUGCCCGCGGUGGGUGGCAACGAGGGCGUUGGAGAGGUCACAGCGGUAGGGUCGGAUGUGACCCGGCUGGCGGUCGGGGACUGGGCGGUGCCUAUGCCGGCGGCCGGCUUCGGGACUUGGAGGAACGUCGGCAAAGCCGAUGUUUCAAUGCUGCAGAAGUGCCCUUCAGACAUUCCGGCCGAAUACGCGGCAACUAUCGGCGUCAACCCCUGUACCGCGUACCGCCUUCUACGUGACUUCGAGACCCUCCGGGAGGGCGACACCGUCAUCCAGAACGGGGCGAACAGCCAGGUUGGCGUGGCUGUGAUCCAGAUGGCGAGAGAUAUGGGCGUGCGGACCAUCAACGUCGUCAGGGAGCGACCACCCGGCGACAACACCGUAGAGCUUCUCAAGUCCCUCGGGGCCGACGUCGUCGUUACCCCGGCCGUUCUGGGGGUCCCCGACGACUACGCCGAGGCCGUGGCCGGCCUCCCGCCGCCUAGGCUGGGGCUCAACUGCGUUGGGGGUUCCAUCGCGACCUCGGUGGCGAAACAGUUGGAUGACAGCGGAGCUUUGAUUUCGUACGGAGGCAUGUCUCUUCGGCCGAUCACGCUUCCUGCGACCAUUUUGCAGGAUAAAGGGGUGCGGUGCGAUGGGUUCUGGAUAACGAGGUGGACCCAGGAUCGCCCAAGAGAGGAGCGGGAGGCAAUGAUCGCUGACGUGGCCAAAAUGAUCAAAUCUGGAAGACUGCGCUCCUUCCUGGAGCGCCAUCGGUUCACACAAUUUUCGCAGGCUAUGAAGGAGGCAAGGAAACCGUAUCGCAGUCGAAAGGUGUUGUUGGAUAUGUCGCGAUGA